CCCAUUCACGCGCUCCGCGAUGCUGGUCGACGCUGGCCUGACGCAGACCUUGGAGGAGGCGAUCAAAGCUUCCCAUGACCUUCAAGCCGCCAUCCGCGCGGUCGACAAGGGCAUGAUCGUCCUCGCGGCUUCCCGCUUCAACGCGCCGGUCAAGGUCAUGGGUCUCACGCAAUGGACCGUUGGCGAGAGAAAGAUUGGCAACCCCUCGACCUUGCUCGACCGCCUCCAAGUGCUCGACACCAUCCUCCUGCAGACGAGUGCGGGUAUGGCCUCCAUCGACACUGCGCCGAGUGACGACCAGGUCGUGGCAUGUGCAAGUGGUGGCGCUGCACUCUUUGGCCAUUGCGUCGGCUUCUCGGGGCCUGAGAGCAUCGAGAUGGCGGUCUUGCAGCCGCCGACCACGUGCAAGCUCCAAGCGCCGACGUGCAGCACAGAUAUCGCAGACGCCUGGUUCGAGAAUGCGUUCGAGGCAGCGCAAUUCCGCAAGGCGAUGUCGGUCCACGGCCGCACGGCGGUCUCUGGCGCGAGAGAGCAUGACGUCAAGUCGUUGCCCGCGUCGGGCGCGUCGAUCGCCUGCUCGACAUACGCGUACGUGCCGAUGAAGUCGUUUUUCUUGGACGCCCCGGCCAUGGAGCUUGCGGAAAAGGCGCUCGCCGAUGCCAGCGACUUGACGACUGUUGAAGCAGCCAAGUAUUUUCUCUGCGACUACGGUUCGCACGUGCUUUGCGGUGUCUUCCACGUCGGCGGCGUCUUUUCGAAAACAGUCGAGGUCGAGGCGACCGCCGACGUGGACAUCAGUACGCUGGUGAGCGCGUGUGCCGACCCGACGGCGCGCGACCUCUCGAUCAACUACAGCAGCUUUGCCUAUGGCUCGAACAUUGACACGCGCCAGAGCACGCUCUCGGACGACAAGAGAACGCCGUGCGAAAUCACGACGAGCAUCGAGAGCACGGGGCCCGACGCGGCGAGCUACACGAUCUUUCAGCAGCGGCUGCUCGCGGAUCGCUCGACAUGGCACUUGAUUGACCGGCCGACAACGCGCGUCGGAGUCUGGGAUCUGCUUGAUGCCGCAGGUCUCGAGACCGCGGCCAACCUUGUGCGGAGCGCAUGGCUGGAACUUGUCGCCUCCAGUCGGGUGUCGACGCCGGACGUUGCGGCCGCUGUGCGAAGUGUCUACGUCGCCAUGUGGCAGCGCAACCCUGCGUUUGGGAGCGACACGAAGGACCAGAACAUUGCUAGCGCCGAUGAAGCGACCCUCGCCGUCCAGCAGCAGCUACGUGUGGUGGCGCAGGCCGACGGCCGAGCUCUUGUCGACGUGACCUUGCUUGCGCUGCGCUCCGACGCGGCCUUUGGCUUGACUCUGACGGCCGACUGCUUCCGUGACGAGUGCCUCCUCGUCGCCUCGCGCCGUCUCGUUGCGACCGAUGUCGCCGUGGCGAUGCUGCAGCUCGGGACCAUGUACAUGCACGUCCUUUACGCAGUGCUAGCACAAGAAAGCGUCAACCUGGACCCGACGUUGCACGAGGCUCUGCAGCGCGCGGCGCAGCUCGCAGCACUCGAGCACGAGGCAAACAAGCUCACGGAUCCAAGUGUCGGUGGGACGUGCCGCGCUUGGACGUCCGCGACGUGCCACGGGGCAUGA